CUUCCAUCUGCUCGUGCUGUCAUGACGCAAACAACCCGGAAGUCGUAGGUGUGUGAGUGCGUGUGCUGUCAACGAGAGAGAGAAAGCACUGAGAUAAAGCUCGUAUUUGCGACAAGAUGGCAGGACUGCCCCGCAGGAUUAUAAAGGAAACUCAGCGCUUGUUUGCGGAGCCAGUGCCAGGUAUCCAGGCGGAGCCUGAUGAGAGCAACGCCCGCUAUUUUCAUGUGGUCAUUUCUGGACCUCAGGACUCGCCUUUUGAGGGGGGUACAUUUAAACUUGAACUGUUUUUACCGGAGGAAUAUCCGAUGGCAGCCCCUAAAGUUCGCUUCAUGACUAAAAUAUACCAUCCAAACGUAGACAAGCUGGGCAGAAUAUGUCUAGACAUCCUGAAAGAUAAAUGGUCACCAGCUCUGCAGAUUCGCACAGUGUUGCUGUCGAUCCAGGCAUUACUAAGCGCACCGAACCCUGAUGAUCCCUUAGCAAAUGAUGUUGCAGAGAAGUGGAAGACCAAUGAAGCUGAAGCUAUAGAGACAGCCAAGACAUGGACCAGACUUUAUGCAGUAAACAAAUGAAGUGACAAGCGGCCUGACAUGUGACGACAUACAUGGAAGUCAAGUGUGAACACAAAAUCCUCAUUUUCUGCCAAUACCUCCUUUUAUUUGCUUUUGAGGGACACACCGUCAAAUUAAACACAAACACACACAUAUGCUAUAAAUAAACAUUAAUAUAAUAAAGGGAAGAAAAAAAAACACUGCUGGCAAUUAGUGAAUUUAAAGCAUUCUAGUAAAAAUGACUGGUCUUUGUCCUAAUUAAUUAACUCACUACUGUUUUGGUCAGAGGUUUGGGAUUUGCUCACCUAGCUUUCUUUAUACACCAGUAGUCUGCCAACUGCUGCUUUAUUAACCAAUUCAACGGGGACGCGGGAGGGGGUGGGGGGGUAUCUUGCAUCCCAUAUUCUUGCUGCGGGGACAGGGGGGGUACAAGGAGCGGUAUGGGGAAGGGCCAGUAUAGUUUAUUUGUAUGUUUCUUUUAACUUUGUGUUCCUCGGUCCUCUUGCUAAUUGAACGCAGCUAACAACUACUAAUUAGUUGCCUCCUUGUAGUGUAGACGGCCAACUGGGGAUGCAGAAUCGGUCCGGGCCAAUCACAAAAUAGCUCUUCUUUAUUUAACUCACUUGUAAUAGGACCGAAAAGCCAAACUUAUCCUGUUACUAUGACAACACCAUCACUUUUUUUUUUUUUAACCACUGCUAGCAAGGACUGUGCUGUAUGCUUGCUAGUGACGAGGAGAGUUAGGGCGGACAUUAUGGACCUUGACUUAGCUUUUUUUGUUUGUUUCGUUUUACAAUAUCUAGUCCUCUGUAUUGUAUUUUUCUUAGUACUGUCAUACUAAACUCCCCUCAGCCUUUUUUUUUUUUUUUUCUUGUGGAUUGUCAGUUUGACGCUACAAGACAAGUGGUGUAUGAUCUUCCUCCUUAAUGGUAUUUUAGCCCAAAAAAAAGCAGGGAUUCCAUUUGAGCUGUCUUGUAUUUAAUAACAGUCACAUUUGGGGCAGCAUAUGUGAUGCUUGGGUUGCGGCAUGAUCAAUCUCCCAAUUUGACGCCUGACUGUCAGUGUUCUUCGGCCACAGUCAAGUGAACUGUAAAUUGUUCUUUCUAAUCAUCAUCUAAGGGGGGAACGUUUUUCCUGUUCUUAGAAUGAGAAUGUUAUGAGAAAACUCCAUCUACAUCAAUUUCAGUUCUGUAAAUAAAAACUAUUAGUUAAUAUAA